GUGCUUGCUGUCCGCCUCAACUCAACAGGCAACAAAGGAAGAGGCCGGUAGCUCCUCAAGUGUGCUAACCUAGUCAGUCAGAAAGGUGUCACCUUAUUGUGUCAUUGUAUGCGAGAAUAUAUCACCGCGUCUUUUUGCUCCCUUCCCCAGACGUACCAACCGUGGACAUGUAAACGCUGCCGUUAUUCUUGUGGACCGGGACGCAGAAUAACUCAAGCAUCUCAUGAAAGGUGCUGGAAGUGGAACUUCACCCAUUCAGUCAAGUCGAGUCACAUUUUCUCUGCUCAUCAUGGGUUUCCUGGCUCUGCUGUAUGCAUGGCUUAUGUGCGACGCGAUGGGAGGAUACUGUGGCUAGUACAUUCAUCAGGACACAAGGAGAGACAUCUCAUGCCCCCCUCCUUGGCGGAGGGCCAGUCAGAAUGAAGAAGAUCAGCCUGAAGACCAUCCGGAAGUCGCUGAGCAUAAAGGGCAAAGAGGACGGCGACUUUGCCAUGCUCCAGCAGGCACCCGUGGCAGCAGAGUUCUCAAAGGACGAGUCACUUUUUGGUGGCUGCUACACCAAAGACCUUUCCGUGUGCGAUCUGGGUGGCGAGGAAGACAAAGGUGGGCAGAAUAAGAACCGUUCAAAGGGCGAAGGCCUGAUGGGAUCACUUAAGAGAAGGCUGUCCGCCAAGCAGAAGGCAAAGAGCAAAGCCGGGUCCUCCGCCAUUGGCUCGACGGACGACGACGACACCUUCUCCUCCUCUUCUGUGCCCAUCAGCUUGAACGAGGUCAAAGCCCAGAGACCUCUAAGGUCCGCGUCGCUACGGAGUCACCACUAUAGCCCCUCGCCAUGGCCUCUGCGGCCAGUCAACUCUGACGAAGCUUGUAUUAAGAUGGAGGUCAAAGUUAAAGCCAUGGUCCACUCGCCUAGCCCCAGCCCCAACUUGAAUGGCAUCCGGAAGGAAUUCAGCGAUUUUCAGAUGGACGGGCUCUUUCAGGACCAACCCGAAUCCUUCAAAAACCUCCAGCAGCCACAAAACGGCGAGCUGCAUCUAAACAUUGACGACAAUGACGUGCCUGUGGUGCUGGGGUUGACGCCCCAAGACUACAUUCAGUACACAAUGCCUUUGGAUGAGGGAAUGUACCCAGAAGGGUCCCACUCCUUCUGUCUGGACAGCGCGUCUCCUAUGGAGGUGGCGGCGGAGGCAGACAACGGGUGUCCCCUGAUGGAUCGGGGACCGGAGGAGCACGAAAUGGUCGGCGCGUUGCCUCCGGAUCUUUUCAUGGACACCUCGGUUAAUAGUCUUCUUAUCGGUUCUGCUGGCGUCAUGCUUCAAAGCUCGAGAGGAGAGGGCCCGCCUCCCCUCUCUCCCCUCCUGCCUCCCAUGAGCAGUAGCGGUCGUUUUCCCAGGACGUUCUCUGGCUUCGGCUCCUCGGACAGCCAGGUUGCCGAUAGGGUUCGACACCACCUCAACUUUGAUCCCAAUUCGGCUCCUGGCGUCAGCCGAGUGUAUGACUCUGUCCAGAGCAGCGGGCCCAUGGUGGUGACCAGCCUGACCGAGGAGCUGAAGAAGCUGGCGAGGCAGGGCUGGUACUGGGGGCCCAUCACACGCUGGGAGGCGGAGGAAAAGCUCAUCAACUUGGCCGAUGGCUCGUUUUUGGUCCGGGACAGCUCGGAUGACAGGUACCUGCUCAGCCUGAGUUUCAGGUCACAGGGCAAAACUCUCCACACCCGGAUCGAACACUCCAACGGACGCUUCAGCUUUUAUGAGCAGCCUGACGUGGAAGGGCACACGUCCAUUGUGGACCUCAUUGAACAUUCGAUAAAAGACUCGGAGAAUGGUGCUUUUUGUUAUUCCAGAUCCCGCUUACCGGGGUCCGCAACCUACCCCGUCAGACUCACCAACCCCGUGUCUCGGUUUAUGCAAGUGCGCUCCCUGCAGUACCUUUGUCGCUUUGUCAUUCGACAAUACACAAGGAUAGACCUUAUCCAGAAACUGCCCUUACCUAACAAGAUGAAAGAUUACCUACAGGAGAAGCACUACUGACAUACACAGGACAGUGGCGUCUAUUUUGCACUUUUUAUGUUCAGUGAGGUGUACAGUGGUCCCUCCUUUGUUGCGGGGCUUACGUUCGCGAUGGUUGAUAUCUGCUAAAUUUGGGUUCAUUUUGUUGGGCUGGAAUUUAGCCUCGAUUAAACCAUUACAACACACACCCACACAAACAUAGCUCCCACCCUUCAAAACGCUUGGUACACUUCAUAAAUGUAACUUUUAAAAUGCAAACUGAAGCAUGAAUACUAAAAUGCGGAUUAUAGGCCGCAUUCCUAAAUUAACGUGAGCUGAGCACGCUCUGCGCCCUGGCAGCGGACGAGGACGACAAAAUGUUGGCGAAUAACGACGUUCAAAGUUUUUCUUUUUAAUCUUAAACUAGCUUACCCUAACUAGCAUCCCGUGUCUGGUGCGCUGGUGCGUCAGGGCAGUCCAGAUGGAAACAAUUCAAGCACGACCUGCUGAUUGGUUCAGAACACAGGCUGGCUUCGAAAAAUUAUUGUGAGGGAACCGUGUGCUGCCUCUCUGAACACACACACCCUCAGAGUAGUUCACGACCAUCAGAUUUCCGAACACGCCCCGCAUGCUCAUGGUCUCGGUUUUUGUAAAUCGAAUUUCCCCUCCGCAAAAAAAUAAAUAAAUACAUUUCUUGACUGGUCCGAUUUAGACGGUAGAAAAAUUGCAAGAAAGCCUGCAAAAUAGCGAUUUCAAACUGCAAGAGAUGAAGAUAUAAUGAGAAAUGAAAAACCGUGACGGAUUGAAGCCGGAAAAACCAAACUGCGAAGUAGUGAGGGAACACUGUACACAAGGUUUACAUCCACCUGAACCCUUUUGAGAUGAUGAUUUCUACUUACAGGUCAACCACACACACAAUCAGCCCCCGCGACUUAUUCCAGUUGCACAAUGAAAUGCUGAAACAAGGCCUAUAAGAAAUUCAAAAUGAACGGCAACUAGUGCAUUGGUAUGCAUUUUUAAAAUGAAUUUGGUGAAAUAAACGAAUUUCUCAUUGACCUUUUUGGGCUGAAAAAGCACCUGCAAAACCUGUCAAACUGAUCAGUUUUGAGCAUGUUCUAGUUCAGCAUAAUACAUGAAAAUGAAUUCUCAUGUUUGCAUGCAUUGAUUGUUGUAGGAGACUCCUUGGAUGCUUUCCUAUCAUGAACGCAUCUUCGAAACCUAGCCACGGUGUGACAGGUGACAGCUGUUCAACCGGUGAAUGUUUGCGGUCGAACUUUAGAAAGCACAACAGUAGACUAAGAUCUGACGAUUACUCGUCAAUUGCAAAAACAAACGCCACAUGACGAUGAAAUCAUCUUUUCAGGUGUUUUGUGUAGAACAUAAUGUGCGGCGACAUGUGUGGCAUGCAGGUCGCCACGGUUUACGGCUGUCUAAAAUGGAGACAUUUUAAGCAAUUUGGUCAUGCGCAUUGAGCUUUAAAUUCACCUCUGGCUAUGUAGAGCCAUUCUAUAUUAUGCAAGUCUGACGGUACUGAUGAUGCUGGAUUUUUAAUUCUUUUUUUCUUUCCGUGUGCUGUUUUUGGAAACGGCAUUGUUUUACUCUUGUGCGCUACAAAUAAGUGGGACCUAUUAUGCUUAAUGGUGAUUUAAGAUACAAUGUACGCUAAAGUAUUGUUUCUAUUCUUUCUUUCCGUGACUGCAGCUCAUCCCCGAGGUCUCGUUUGGUGUUCUGAACUAGGCAAGAGCCAUUUAGGACCUCUUUGAACAUAAACGGUAGCUCAAGAUCCUUUAGAACCACACGACCCCGUUUCGAGUUUGAACACGGUUUCUCAGUCAAUAGCAAGAGAAAGUAUAGCCAAACCUUUGAGCGGUAGUGCGUUUUGCUAGAUUGGUUGUCCAAAGUUAAGCAUAACAGGUCCCCUUUUCAAGUAUUUUUUUGUAGAAGGAAUACUACACAGCAGCUCGAGUGAAGAACCGUGCUGCUCAUUCGCAUGAAGUGAAGACUUCGACGGUUGACCUCAACGAGAUAAGAUGUCACAAUGGGCUUUGCAACGUUGCGUAAACCCAACUAAAGCUUUGAUGUGCUUUGUAAUUACAAACAAGUCAUCUAGAAGCUAAAAGCAGACCUGUCGUCACUCGACCUGAAUCUGUACGCAGCGACGCUUGCGUCUUCAAGUCUGACCCAGCUCAAAUGACUUCCCAAACCGGUGUGAACUCUGUGUGAAAGGAUUUGGGAAAUCCACGUUUGGCUUGAUGUCCAGGUCUCAGCUCAUGACAAUUCCAUUACAGUUGCAUGGUUACCAUGUGAGUUUCCCAAAAACAAAAGAACGCAAAACACAGCAGGAAAGAGGGAAAAGCACAUCCAGCACUUCAUUUCAAAAGUGCUUGAUACGAAUACCUUGAGAAGGAAUUAUGGUGAGGUCAGUUCUCACAUUAGCGCCCGAGCAUUUGGAGACACGGUUCCUCAGACAAAGAUAAUAUGGUGUCCGUUUAAGUGAGCUGGAAACGUUCACGUCUGAGAAAUGAGGAACUCGGAAUGGUGUUGCAUGUUAAAGGUAGUAGCGUUUUCAACCGUUUGUGUUGUAUAGGAAGGAACUUGCUUCUGCUAACCUGUGUACUGGGGAAGUUGGAUCUUGUUUUUCUUUUCUGAUCUGUUGUUUGGUUUUGGCGACAUUGACAUCCUGCCAAGAGUUCACCGUCGCACGCUAGUCGCCAUUUCUUCAUGUACGCGUUUGGUUAACUGUACGCUGUAUUUAGUUUGGUGUCAUCCGAUGUGUGUGGAACAUGAAGGGGAAGGCACCAGCAUCCCGCCCGGAUCGGCGGAUCAUGAAUGUGGAUGUACUUUUUGAUUGAAAUGUGAAAGUCGGAUGUUUUUGAUACAGUGUUGUUUUUUUCUGUUUUGAUUUGCAAUCCGUUGUCCCGAUAUUGACGAGCGGGAACCCUUUUCCACAAGUGUCGCUGCUGUGAUCCAUCGUCGCUUUAGCUUUUUGACACCUCGAGUGUGUGGUUCCAGAGCUUGAUGCCUGUGCACGCUGCCGUUCCGCACUUAAACAUUUUUGGUGCAUCCUGAUGAAUGAAGGUGAUCGUUUACAGCAUUAUUAUUCUUAUUAUUUUUGUAGAUGCCCGUCCUCUGUCCAUGUUUUGUUGACAUCUCUCAAAUAUAUUGGUACAAGACCUUGUCACGUGUUUCCACACAUUUGUGCUGCUUACGGAAAACGAUUGCCUUUCUUGUAUUUAAUAAUGAGGGGUGGGGGGGGUGCUAGAGUGUGGCCAACAUUGAUGUAUGUACACACAAUGGUGUGUUGUCAUCUUGGGAGAGCAAUGCAGAUUUGCAAUUUGGUCAAAACUAGAGUUCACUUCAAAAGAGCAUCAAUCGCGAUCGGGAAACACUCCGGGGUUACUCGUUCAAACUAGUUUACAAAUCGUUUGUUCACUUUCCAAAGUAGACAGACUUUUGUAAUUUCUUUUGUUAAUCAGCAGUGAUUUAUUGCACAUUUUGGAUACAGUUUAAGAGUUUUUGUAUCUGCCAGUUAUAAAUUAUAAAUAAAAAAAGUAUAUUCUAAAAC